CGUCACCUCCCAAAAUAGGAAGUGUUUUAGUGUCUCGGUUGACCCACAAUAAUCGUAGCGUGGCAUUCCUACGCUCCAAAGUCAAACACCAGUGAAUCGGCAGCUCCCAGCACACUACACUACAGUCGUGAUCCCGCCUACGAUUCCGCUAGAAAUGCAUCGUCAGCUUCUGGAACGCCUGCUGCUCGGCGUGUGCGCAUGCCAACUGGCCGUCGAGUUCAUAUUGACCACGACUGGUGACAUUGGAUCAAUCGCUGGUUGGUGCGUCGUCUCGUUACUGCUGAUUUUGCAUUCUCCACGACUCGAGCUCUCGCCGCUAUAUGCGUCGCUCUGUCUGUGCGUCCUCCGUCCGGUGCUACUCGCAUCUACUACGCCUGCCACCUCCGCAUCCUGGUCGCUACAGUUAACGUUUAAGGCCCUCAGCUCUAUCUUUGUAGCUCUAGCUUGGGCCUCAUCGCUCCUUUUCCCCUGGCCGGACUUCUCCCAGCUCUAUGGUCCCUAUCAGACCAUCGGCUGCCGCUCGACGCGUCUGGGGGGCGUCGAAUGCCGCGUCUUCUACCCGUCAACGGCCAAUCUACAGUCUGAGACUAAGAAGCAAAGCACCAACCAGAACUUGGUGCCGUAUCUACACCAUGGCCGCCACCUAAUGCAAGGACUGGGCGUUUUCUCCAAGAUGCCGGCGUGGCUCUUUCACAACAUGAACAACGCGCAUCUCGCAGCUUUUCGAGACGCUCCAGUGGCACCACCUCCAGCCGGUUCAGACGGCUGGUCACUGGUCAUCUUCAGUCAUGGUCUCGCUGGGUCACUCGAGCUCUACUCAUACGUGAACCAGCAGCUCGCAAGCCACGGAAAUGUGGUUGUGGUGCCCAACCACUGCGACGGAUCGGCUUGCGUCUGCAGUCCGGAGCCUGGCCGCAUUGAGUAUUACCAGCAGAUCACAUCAGAAGUACGGGACGACAUUGACGGAGCAGGCUUUCGCUUCCGCAACGGACAACUGCAACAGCGUGUUAGUGAAGUGCGCGCAGUGCUGGAUGCGAUCAAGGAAGACGCUACAGCAGACAGCAUAUUUGGUCGCUGUGAUUUGACCAAUGUGAGUGUUGCUGGACAUUCGUUUGGGGCGGCUACAGCGCUCAGUGCUGCACACCAAGACGAGCGAUUCAAGAAGAUGGUGCUGCUGGAUGCGUGGAUGGAGCCGCUGGAUCAUGACGUACGUGACGGACUGGGCCCGCAUGUCCCUGCGCUGCAUUUGAUGUCGGAGCACUUCCUUCACUGGCGUCCCAAUGCCGAGAGCACCGAGCGUCACGCGCGUGGAUGUACCCAUGCACAGUCACGCCUCACGUGGUUGCGUGAUACGCGCCACAACAAUUUCUCCGAUAUCCCCGUGUUUUCGCCGACUAUUAACCGACUCCUCAAGUCUGCCGGUAAGAUUGAUCACUUUUACGCUCUCCAGGCUAUCGGCCAGUUGUCCGCCGCCUUCUUGGCCGGCGAUUUUGAUGCCUGUGCGGCCGAAUUUCCUGAACUAAACACUGCCACCACCGCUAAAUAGGAGAACAAGACCAGCUUAGAUGAAUGGCGACGUUCUUGUAAAUACUACUACUAGCAGGCCAUUGCAAUAGACUCCAUUCCUUGUGCUUGGUGCUUUAUGAAGCAAAGACUGACAACUAGCUGUUGAUGCAACAUA